AUUCGGAUGACGGUGACGAACCGUCGAUAGAUGCUUCCAUUCCCCCCCCUCCCCCCCACCUCUGUCCACCAUCCAACAUCCACCAUCCAUCCUUUAAAACGGCCUCUUCCCAUUCUCCCCUCCCCUUCUGGAACCAUUCUUUCCCUCCUCCACACGGACGGGUGGAUCGUGGGUUAUCUGUCCUUCCACCAUUCGGGCAACGAUGGGCGAACUGCAACAACAUCCCGCCGACACGCCCAGUGUCGGUGUCCCCUUCGCGCAACGCCCGAUCAUCAUCCUCGGCGCGGGCAUCAUCGGCUGCGCCACCGCGAAGCAGCUCCUCCUCAACGGCUUCCCUGUCAUCCUGGUCGCCGAAUUCCUCCCGGGCGAUCAAGACAUCCGGUAUGCCUCCGCCUGGGCCGGCGCCGCAUGGCACCCGGCCGGCGGCAUCAGCCCCGAGUGGCGAUAUCUCCAGGCCAUCACCCACCGCCACCUGCUGAGGAUGGCCCAUGAGGAGCCUGAGUCUGGCGUCUGCAUCGUAGAUGCCCUCGAGUACCUCGAGCAGCCCCCGUCCGCGAACUCGUCUGUCUGGGGUAAGGCCGUAGCUUCGAAGUGGCGCGACCUCCUCCCCAGCGAAUACCCCCCCAACUUCAGCUGCGGCUGGAGCUACGAAACCCUCGUAACCGACCCCACCCACCACAUGCCCUACCUGGGCAAGAAGAUCACCGCCCUCGGCGGCCAAUUCAUCCAGAAGCGGGUCGACUCGCUCGACCAGCUGUACCACCUCUUCCCGGAAUCCAGCGUGUUCAUCAACGCCAGCGGCCACGGCAGCAAGACGCUGAUCGACGUGCAAGACGACCAAUGUUUCCCGGAGCGCGGGCAGAACGUCUUCUACCGCACGGACAACUGCCGCACGAUGUAUUUCCGCAACGGCCGCGAAUAUACGUAUGUUAUUCCGCGGCCGAUGUCCGGCGGGGUCGUCUUGGGGGGGGUGAAGCAGGCUGAUGAUUUAUCCCCCGACCCAGACAUGGCCAUCGCGCAGGACGAGAUCGCCCGCGCGCACCGUCUCGCGCCGGAGGUCGUUCCGGAGAGUCCGGCGGAUGACGCGCUCAGCUAUAUUGUUGGCAUCCGGCCGUCGAGGAAAGGCGGGUUCCGGCUGGAUGCGGAGAAGCUGGGCAGUCGGGUGGUGUUGUCGGCGUAUGGGUUUGGGGGGGGCGGGUAUGCGUUCUCGUAUGGGGUGGCGGAUGCGUUGGUGAAGAUGGUGGAGGAGGCGGAGAGGGAGAAUGUCAUUCUUUGA